CCUCUACUUUAGGAAAUCACAGUCUGAGCAACUAUGGGAAAAGAAGAUGACAAAAGCUGCUCCCGCCUCCCCUACUUCCCUAGGUACCAGUCUGGCUGGAGAGUAAUAACGGAGUAUCCUCCAACAGCGGCAUCUUCCGGACCAUGGCCCUCAUUCCGAGUUGUUCGCUCGCAAGGCGAUUUUAGCAGUAUUGCACACGCUAAGCCGCCGCCUACUGGGAGUGAAUCUUAGCAUCUUAAAAUUGCGAACGAUGUAUUCGCAAUAUUGCGAUUACACAUCUCGUAGCAGUUUCAGAGUAGCUUCAGACUUACUCGGCAUCUGCGAUCAGUUCAGUGCUUAUCGUUCCUGGUUUGACGUCACAAACACACCCAGCGUUCGCCCAGACACUCCUCCGUUUCUCCAGCCACUCCCGCGUUUUUUCCGGAAACGGUAGCGUUUUUUCCCACACGCCCAUAAAACGGCCUGUUUCCGCCCAGUAAGACCCAUUUCCUGUCAAUCACACUACGAUCGCCUGAGCAAAGAAAAAGCCGUGAGUAAAAAUCCAAACUUCAUAGCAAAUUUACUUGGCGCAGUCGCAGUGCGGACAUUGCGCAUGCGCACUAAGCGGAAAAACGCUGCGAUGCGAAGUAAUUUUCCGAGCGAACGACUCGGAAUGACCUCCAAUGUGAUCUCCUACAUGUGAAUUCUGACUGAAGACACUGACUGUCCAGGGAGGAUACAUUUCUUCAGAAGUUUCCUGUUGCAGAGAACCCCCUAUAUAGCUGCUGCGUGAAUCACCAUGAAGCUCCUCCUGUACGUGGCUCUUCUCUUCUCACCAGUCGCUGCUUCCCACUGUGCAUUCAGCAGUCAGUGUCUGGUGAGUUCUGCCCCUGUAUGAUGCUGACAGAAGAGAUGGAUCACCAUGUACAAAAGACUGGGCGGAGUGAGGUCAUCAAGCGCUUCAUCCGUGAUGUCACUGAAAGGACCUACAAUAGCACGGCAUACAACCUCACUGCUGCGUGAAUCACCAUGAAGCUCCUCCUGUACGUGGCUCUUCUCUUCUCACCAGUCGCUGCUUCCCACUGUGCAUUCAGCAGUCAGUGUCUGGUGAGUUCUGCCCCUGUAUGAUGCUGACAGAAGAGAUGGAUCACCAUGUACAAAAGACUGGGCGGAGUGAGGUCAUCAAGCGCUUCAUCCGUGAUGUCACUGAAAGGACCUACAAUAGCACGGCAUACAACCUCACUGCUGCGUGAAUCACCAUGAAGCUCCUCCUGUACGUGGCUCUUCUCUUCUCACCAGUCGCUGCUUCCCACUGUGCAUUCAGCAGUCAGCUGCUGCGUGAAUCACCAUGGAGCUCCUCCUGUACGUGGCUCUUCUCUUCUCACCAGUCGCUGCUUCCCACUGUGCAUUCAGCAGUCAGGGCAGAGCAGACUGCAGCCAGAAAGGACUUACUCACAUCCCACAUACAGUCCCUCCAAACCUCCAGUCCCUGGACCUAUCUGCUAACUCCAUCCAGUUCUUACAACCGCUCCCUGGGAGAUUUUCAGGUUUACUCCACCUCAACUUAUCCGGUAACCCCCUGCACCACCUUCCAGCAGGGGCCUUCAAGAACUUAAUCCGUCUGAGAACCUUGGACCUGGGCAACUGUGGUAUCUAUAAACUACAUCACGAUGUCUUUGAGGGGCUAGUCCUUCUUCAGACACUGAUCUUGCGCAAUAACAGCAUAACCGCCAUUGAUGUCCGGAAUCUUAAGUCACUGACCAAACUGGAUGUGAGGGACACCCCAUUGGCAUCAGCCCAUCCGCAUAGACAGCCAAGCAGAGAUGACCUCCUCUAUCAAAUGGGCAGCCGGGGGUUCUGUGACUGCUCUUCAAUGAGGCGGCUCCAUAGAUCCAGUGAACAAGUGUCUGGUGAGUUCUGCCCCUGUAUGAUGCUGACAGAAGAGAUGGAUCACCAUGUACAAAAGACUGGGCGGAGUGAGGUCAUCAAGCGCUUCAUCCGUGAUGUCACUGAAAGCACCUACAACAGCACGGCAUACAACCUCACUACUCCCUUGGCAACCACAGAGGUGUCACACGGCAGAAGUUGGCCUUAUCUGGUGGGAUUUGUGGUGAUUGCCGCCUGCCUGUCUCUCCUUAUCGCUCUUGCUGCUAAGUGCAAGGUCUUCCACCGGUAUUUCCGCAGUUACCGGCAUCGUCCCUUGCCAGACAAUGAGUGGAUAAAUGAGUCCGAAGGUGACCUGCCUGGGGUACCUCUCCCACCACAGGAAGACGAGGAUGGCUUUAUAGAGGACAAUUAUAUCCAGCCAGGGGACCGCCAUGAAGAGCUGGAUGAGGAGGACAUUAGUAUUGCAUCCAAUGAAUUGCAAGACAUGGCUCGCUGAAACUCGGAACUUCCAUCUACAACAGCACUUUAAGGUCAUUUGCUUCCUACAGACCGUUGUGAGUCAGGGAACGUGUUAUACUGACCAUCUUCUGACGAUCGUUGAUGGUCUUAUCUCACAACACAAGCACUGAUACAGUUUGGCCACCUAUAAAGAUGAUGGCUCUGA